UGGGGCCGUAUGCUUACGUAUUGUGUCCUUUAUUUAUUCCCCUCCCUAGCCUCACCUCAUCCUCCAUGUCAUAUACCUUGAUGUCGUACAUUACGUACUUUUUCACCUCGCGGUCAUGAGACAGGUUGUAUCGCAGCAGAUUAGAAGAAGAGUUCUAUAUUAUCAAAAACCUGGGAAAUAUACUAAUAAUUCUAAAAAUAAGAUAAAUAAAAAGUUGGAUGACACAAGUAUUAUUUUAAUUAAAUCCAAUUACUUUUAUUAUAAACAUGAGUUCCCAAGAUACAACUGAUCAUGUAUCAGAAGCCAGUCCUUCUGAUAUCACUUCCAAAACAAAAAACUGGGUCCAAUUUGAAGAAGAGGUAGAACCAUGCGAAACAGUGUCUAAAGAUGAAUCAAAAUAUGUAAAUAAAGUGCAAAAAAAUACUCCAGCAGUGAUAAAGCCAGAAUCUGUUACAAUAAAUGUUGAUAAGAUUGGAAAAACGGUUGAAAAUUUAGAAGUGAUAAAUAAAACAAAUAAUGAAUAUAGUGGUGCUGUGAUAGCAACAGAAUCCGUCCAAAUUAAUUUAGAUAGAUCAGGAUUAAGUCGAUCCAUUGUCUCUGAGAGUACAGAUCUUAAUGUUCCGUCCGAUAUUAAAACUACAGAUCCAAAAAGUGCUUCUUUAAAAACAGUGGAUUUGCGAGAUGUAUCUAAUGGCAGGAAUAAUCCUAGUAAUGUUAUAAGUACACCCAUUGGAAACAUUAGACAAGGAUUUGCAAAUGGUGAUACUAUUGUUACACUUUUACCAGUUAAUACCAGAUGGCCUUGGAUAACUCCAGCUAAAUUUAGACCAGAAUUAGUUCCAGAGGAAUUAAUGGCACAAGGAUUAACGCUUACUGUCGAGGACUAUGUGCAUAUAAUGGAAUUGCUUGUAAACGAUGUACGUUUCAAUAUGUAUAAUGUAUGCUAUAAAAGAAUACUUGUCCUUUGGAUAUUUACUGCAUUUGUCGUAUUGCUUGGUUUGCUCUUUUCUGGAGUAACUGGCCUUACAUUGUUUGGGCUUGGCGUCAUGUGGUUAGUCCUGAAUGCAGCUGCAAUAUUUUUUUGCAUGUUUAUUAAAAUAAAAUUGAAUCAUAAUCUGGAAAAAUGUAUGGCACAAGUUAAUAAGCAUUUAUUACGACAUAAGAUAUUACUUGGAUUGGAUGACAGAGGAAAAAUAUCCUGCCAUAAAGUUAAUCUCUGUUUCAUAUAUUUUGAUACUACAGACUGCAUAAAAAAACUCCAAGAGGUGAUAGAACGUGAAGAAUGUGAAGGAAGGACAAUUAGAAGUAACGAAAAUGAUGCACAGCGUAAAAGAGAAUUACAGCAACGAAUGGAUAUUGAUGAUAGUGAUAUUGUAAUACAAGGCAGUACAACAACUCGAAUUUCCCGGAAACAGGGUAAAAGUGAACAAGUAUUAUGCCGUUACGUGCAACGUUGGGCAAAGGAUUAUUUACGUCGACGUCUGGAUUGGACGGUCGAUGAAGAUGGAAAUCCUUCUUCCCCACGUCAUAUUGCAUCUGCUUUGUGUCCAUGUCAAUAUGUUGAAGAAUGGUUGCGUAACAAGCCACGUAUACAGGGCAGAGAUUUUUGUCCUAGAUGGAGUAGUUUUUUAAGGGAUAGGGGCAUAUGAGGAUAAUAAACUUAUGCACAUGUACUUAUGCACAAUAGUUAUUAUAAGAAUUUAUAAAAUUAUAAAGUUAAAUGCACAGUAGAGCGUGUGCACGUAUAUAUAUAUAUAUAUAUAUAUAUAUAUAUAUAUAUAUAUAUAUAUAUACAUACGUGCACACAUAUAUACAUAUAUGUUUACCUGCAUUACAAAGACAUUUUUUAAUUUAUAUUACAAGUAAGAAUUUCAUUCAUUAUUCUGAAUUAUACAUUACUUUAUCAUAGAUUUUUUAUAAAAUCUACGUUUUGUUUUUAUUUAGCUCUUCAUUUGUAUUGACGAUGAUAUCAAAAUAAUAACUCUUACGACCUCUGUACAUGUGCAGUAAAAUAGUAUCAUAACAUAUAAAACAGAUAUUAUGCAGGUAGUUUAUUUUUAAAUAAUUUUUUUAGUAUUUAAAUCAUUCUUAAGUAUCUAGAUUUAUGUCUUGUAGACAACUAUAGCAGUUAGGAUUUGAUAUUUUUUACAAACAUAACAGUUUUACUAUUUCUAUAUGGAGAAUGAAGAAAUAUUGUCAUAAAAAGUAAUUAUACUUACACGAUUACAUUUGAGGUAUAAUAUGCUAUUUGUAUACAAACAAUGAACAAUGCAAUUCGUGUUACCUUAAAACAAUCCAUAAAUAAUUAAUAAUAACUAAUAUAAUAUAUAUUUUGGUAAUGGUAAUACAUUUUUAAUUAAGAAAACGUUAAAAUCAAGUAAAAGUGAAUACAAUUAGUAUGAUAUAACUUCCAAGAUUAUAAAUUUGGAAGAAAAUAAGAACUUAAUAAAUAAAAUGGUACGAAUAUUCCGUAUAAUUUUACAUAGUACUUAUAUAGUAUAUAAGUAUACUAACUCUUUUAACAAAUUAACAAAUUAAGUUGUUGAUAUACAUUUUAUUCUAUAAAAAUUAUUAAUUAAUUAAUCAAAUAAGACUUUUUUCAUCAUUUUCUUUUUCUUUUUUUUUUUUCGGAAAAAAGAUAAAUGAUUUAAAAUAUUUGAGUUAUAAAAUAGCGAAUGAAUACUUAUUUUUCAUUUUAUAUUUUCAUGUUGCAAUAUGAAAAUUAAUUUAUAUUAAAUGGCAUUUUUUGUUUUCCCCUAUAUUGUUUUACACUUUAUACAAAGAAGUAUAACUCUACCAUGUUUGAAAAAAAGUACUUUUUAGGAUAUAAACUGAAGAUUAUUAUGUCAAUAAAUCAAAUGCCGAUCUGAAUACUGAUUGAUGAUAGUAUGUGUUGGCAGGAACGGGCGGAGUUGCUGUUGCUGAGGUAUGCUUCUCGAUG